GCUGCUUCGUUUCACUUCGCUUGGGUCCCCUUUAGCUCCCGGAACAUUUUUCUCUUUUCUUUCAGCUCAUCGAGAGUCAACAUAUCAUAUCGGCUCUGAUUCUCACUUUCCCCAGAGCCGAAGAUAGCGAACGCACGGGUGUUGUGACCCUUGUCAGCAUCGUCAUCGGAAUAAUUUAGCGUCUGAAGGCUUUUCUCUAUUUCAUUUCUAUUUCUCCCUCUCUCGAUACUCUUGCUAUAUUUAUCAUUAAAUUUUUACCCUCCUCUUUGAGUUCUCCCGGGAGCAAAAUUUCUUUCUUUCGAGGGAGUUCUUGGCCAGCUCGGCGGGGGAAAGUAGCGUUAACCUUGAAGUCGGGGGGAGACUGAGAAGAAAAUAAUAAUUCCGGGUCACAGGACGUAAAUACAAUUUUUACAAAGUACAGUACAGUACCGGUACUGUACGAGCACCCUUCCCCCCCUCCUUUACAGACAGAACUCGCCGGUACGGUAGCGAAGUGCGGUGGCAACCGUUUGUGAAGUUACAGCGGAGAAUAUCCCCGUCCGUUUACCCUAAUAAAUAGCGAAGAGCCUCUUCUCACAGAAGCUUCAGUUGUCCCGAUUGCUACUUUUCUUGUCUUUUCUUUUUCAGCCUUGCUUGUCUCUUCUUUCGGUUUGGUGUAGGCUGCGUCUGUUCUCAAAUUCUUCCUUCUUUCUUUCCUUCCAUCCUACCCGUUACGCUGCUUACAACACCACACCUCCCCUCACCACACACUCGCACCAGGGAUAUCGUAUCCGUCACAAUCGCUGUGGAAUCUAGAAACCUGGAAUAAAAAAAAAAAAAGUUGUCAUGACGUCCGUUCUACCGGCUACGGCUCCAAGCAUGCAGAGUGCUCCUAUAUCGCAGACGCACCCUUACACCUGUAAUGCAUGCCAGGUCGCUUUUCGCAAUCAUGACCAGCAGCGCACUCAUUAUCACACCGACUGGCACCAGUACAAUUUGAAGCGGAAGGUUGCUUCUCUUCCCCCGCUCUCCUCCGAAACGUUCGCCGAAAAGGUCCUCACAGCUCAGGCUUCCACAAGACUGGAACGGGAGCGUGCUUCUUUCGAGAGAACCUGUAAGGCAUGUAAUAGGACGUACUAUUCUGAAAACGCUUACGUGAACCACGUGGGAUCCCAGCGGCAUCGGCAGAACAAUAAGGAGCAGGAAAAGGUGGUUUCUGACACAGAGUUCGCGGGUAUGGUGCAGGCCUUGAAGGUUGCCGAGGCGGUUGGAAAUGAGUCCUCUGGAUCUUGGACUAAUACCGCGUGCUUAUUUUGCACAUACGUGUCUCCAUCACUACUGCUUAAUGUAUCGCACAUGACUAAGGCGCAUGGCCUAUUUAUUCCUGAGCGAAAUUUCCUUGCUGACCUGGAAGGUUUGAUCCGGUAUCUUGGUCAAAAACUCGUCCUCGGGAAUCAGUGCCUAUACUGUAAUAAGAGCAAGGGAGGUCUCGAAGGAAUUAGAACGCAUAUGAAGGAUAAGGGCCACACCAUGCUCGGCUUCGAAACAGAAUCACAGCAAAUCGAAUUGGGUCAGUUCUAUGACUUCACCUCCACAUAUAGUGAUGUCUCAGGCGACGAGGCCACCGAAGAGCCCUGUAAGCGCGGGCUGAAGGCUCCUGUUCUCAUCCGGAAGGAAGGUGAGCCAGAGGGUGAAGGCUGGGAAGGAGCGGAUGAUGGUGAAGGAUGGGAAACCGAUUCCAGUGCUAGUUCACUUGAUUCCCAGGACCUUUUCUACCAUGAUGACUACGAGUUGCAUCUUCCCUCUGGACGCUCCGUCGGUCAUCGUUCUCUAGCCCGCUACUACAGGCAAAAUCUCCGUGAUCAUCCUCUUCAAACUCGCGAAGUCCGUCGCAUUGCCGACACACAAUACCCUCACUCUGAUGACGGUACUGAAGUACGCCGCAGAAACGCUAUUACCCGUGCGAACGGUGGCCAGGGAAUGCUCGGUGUUUCCUUAUCUAAGAAGCGCGAAGUGCGGGAGCAGGAAAAGCGCUCUAGAGAUCUUGAGAAUCGUGGGCGUAGAAGGCAGGAGUGGGGUGUCAAUCGCAAGGCGAAUAUGCAAAAGCACUAUAGAGAUCCACUGUUACAGUAGUUUUUCUCUUUUGUCUGGUCCGUGGCUAAGGUUUCUAUUCUGAUACAUAUUAUCAUUGCUAUAUUUUUUUGCUGUUUUCUUUCUUUUUUCCUUCCCUUUUUCUGGUUUCUGUCGGGGGUGGGCUGUUGCGUGUGUUUAGUUUCUUUGGUCCUUGUAUAACUGCCUUAUGGUUACUUUUACUGUGGAAAAGUUUCAUUUGUUGAUUUCUAUUGCUUUUCUGCCAUUCGGGGCGGCUUGGCUGGGUUGGGUUGGGGAGUGACUGAAUAGUUUACGAAGCAAGGUUCGGCAACUGGAUGGAAAAUGGAGUGGUAAAUUUAUUGAUGCAAUGAUUUUUUUCUGUUUCUUGUUGACAUUGGUUUGGUAUCUUUGGGCAUUUCGAAAGCUAAUGUAGCGAUUGUAGUUACGAAAAUGGGAGGCGAGGUUUCAUGAGGCGUCACUCGGUGGGUGAUUUACCUCAUGUGUUGGGGUGUGUUGCUAGGGGUGGUACGAUAGUGGUAGUGUCUGAUGAAGAUGUAGUUGGUAGUUUAGUUCUGCCACCUCUCAGUGUAUUGAUUUCUAUCCUCCUGGCGGUAGAUGGUAGUUGGAUAGGGUGCUGGAUGGACCAGAGUGAUUUUUCCAACUUUAUUUCUUAUGAACUCUAUUCACUUAGACAACCUAGUUAAGCCUGGCACCUCAGCACGAAAUACGGAUCCCCUCCCCAGUACUACUACUGUCCAAGGGCACUCUGGGAGAAUCAAGCGCAGAGGCAAGAAAAAUAGAGUAUAACCCCCCCGGAGGGUAUAGUAUAGGCACUGCAUUUGGACCCAGGGAGAGGGGGUAAUUUUGGAGUGUUUUUUUUGUCCAAGACUUGGUUAGGAAGUCCUGCGUAUCGGAAGUAUGAUGGGGGUGGUUAGUUGUGGGAUCUGUA